AUUUUCAUUUCUUUCAUCUUGCUGUCACUUUCAGCAGUUCCUGCAUUCUGGAGGACGCGUUUCCUUAUUUGACGUUUUUACAUUUUCAUUGCAGGUUUCGCCUUCAUUAAAGGUCCGACGACGCCCAGAGCGGAUCAGCCGCCCAACUUUGACAUUUUGUGUAAGAUUUCGCACAGUUUUGCGGCGCUAAGCAGCUCCCCAAGCCAUGGCGCACAGCUCUGCCGUCCAGGCCAUCAUAGACCUGUCAGCGGGGAUCUGCGGUGGUACAGCAUGUGUGCUGUGCGGUCAGCCCUUUGACACAGCGAAGGUGAAGAUGCAGACAUUCCCCAACAUGUACCGAGGGUUCGUCCACUGCUUCAUCUCCGUCUCCAGACAGGUGGGCUUCCGCGGCCUUUACCACGGCACCAUCCCCGCUCUGAUGACCAGCGUGUCAGAGAAUGCGGUGCUCUUCAUGAGCUACGGCUUCUGCCAGGAUGCUGUGCGAUUUGUGCUGGGUUCGGACAAUGGAUCCCAACUCACGACCGUUCAGAAGGCCUUGUCAGGCUCUGUGGCCUCCAUGUUCUCCUCUUUGGUGGUGUGUCCCACUGAGCUGGUCAAGUGCCGUUUGCAGGCCAUGCAUGAGCUGGAGAAGUCUGGGAAGGUCGCCAGCGGCCAGAAGAGCACAGUGUGGUCAGUGAUCAGAAAUGUCCUGAAGGUGAACGGUCCUCUCGGCUUCUACCAAGGCCUGACCUCCACCAUGGUCCGAGAGUUCCCGGGAUACUUUUGCUUUUUUGGAGGCUAUGAGCUGUGCCGCUCGAUGUUUGCCAAAACAAUGGGCAGAGACAAGGAGGACAUAGGUGUGGUGCCUCUCAUGUUCAGUGGGGGGUUUGGAGGGGCACUUCUCUGGAUUGCUGUGUAUCCUAUAGACUGUGUGAAGUCCCGCAUCCAGGUCCUGUCCCUGGCCGGGAAACAGCAAGGAUUUAUUAAGACUUUCCUCACCAUCCUACGGCAAGAAGGAGUGUUCGCCCUGUACUCUGGUCUGACCCCAACUUUGAUCCGCACAUUUCCCGCUAACGGAGCCCUCUUCCUGGCCUACGAGGUCAGCCGCAAGUUUAUGAUGAAACAGUUUGACACAUCACUUUAAAAAUAAAAGGCCUCUCUGAUGGUUCCUCUUUCAGAUUAAACGCAUUCAUACAAUAAUAAAAUUUUCAGUGAAGGUUCCAUAUACCCUGAAAGUUUCUGUUUUAUGUUUUAAUUGAAGUGUUAUAAGGAUGUGACAGUGUUGACACUCUUAAAGUUACUCUUACUGCUGAGUGAUUGUGAGUGAGUGUGUCCUCAACCAGGUGCUAUUACCUGCCUGCCAUUAAAUCUUUUCCCACAUACAAAA